AUGGACAAGAAGUUAUCAUUGAAAUUAAAUGGUGGCAGACAUGUCCAAGGAAUAUUGCAGGGAUUUGAUCCCUUUAUGAAUCUUGUGAUAGAUGAAUGUGUGGAGAUGGCGACUAGUGGGCAACAGAACAAUACUGGAAUGGUGGUAAUACGAGGAAAUAGUAUCAUCACGUUAGAAGCCUUGGAAUGAGUAUAAAAAAAUGGCUGUUCAGCAGAGAAAGCCAUGUCCUCUCUCCAUAGGGCCUGUUUUACUAUGAUGUAAAAGUUAGUUCAUGUACAUUUUCAUAUUAGACUUUUUGUUAAAUAAAUUUUUGUAAUAGUAAAAAAAAAAAAAAAAA